AUGCUUAAAGGGAAGGGAAAGCGCUCUUCGGGCGCAAUCGAGACUGUUGCUGAUAGAGGUGCUUCAGCUACCGACACUCAGCCCACUCCCAAUCUUCCCCAGUUGGACGAUGGCGCCUUUGCGGGCCUCCGACAGAAAAUCGAACAACGACUGAAAGACCAGAACUCCGGCAAAGGGAAGGGAAAAAACAACAAGCCCAAAGCGCCUAAUGAGGAGAAGGCUAUCACGAAGAAGGAAAAGAAUACCACCCCCAAGAAGUCCGGCCGCAAUCAGGAAUCUGCGCAGGGCAAGAAGCGCGAUCGCAAUGGGGAUGUGAUUGCCCGGGAAGAGAAGAAGGCCGGGAAGAACAAGCAGGGCAAGCCGGAAGGGCCCAAGCAGGGUGGGCAGGAUGAGAUACUCCGCCAGGAGAUUCUGGCUUUGGGUGGCACUGAGGAAGAUCUUGAUCUUCUGGCCGGUGUUGACUCAGAGUCUGAAGUGGAGGGUGGCCCGUCCAAGUCCAAGACUAAGGGCGGUGAUGAUGAUCUUCGAAAGGAGCUCUCCAAGAUGCUGGAGGCGGCUGGUCAAGUUGUGCCCGACGAUCUGGCAGACGAGGAAGCCGAAGCCGAAGACCAGGACGAGGCUGAAGAGAAUAUCGAAGAUGAGGAGGACGACGAGGACGAGGAGCAUGGCGAAAAGAGUGAUGCGGGCAGCGAAUCGUACCAGGAAUCUUCCGAUGAUGAGCCAAUUGAGCAAACUCCCAAAAACACCAAAGAGGCGGCAACCAAGCCAAAGGAGCCUCAGCUGGUGGUCCCUAAGGAAUAUGCGAAGCUCACCGUCCCUCCACGAUCCGACUGGUAUGCCACGCCUCUCCCGCCGGUCUCCGGCGCGAAGCAGAUGAACGCCCUUCCCCGUCAUUUGGUUGACCGUGUUCACGAGCUGGCCAAUUCCUUGCUACAAGAGGAAAACGAUAUGUAUGCAGAAGCCCAGAAGUCGUCGGCCUCAUCGUCCCAUAGGUUCUAUUCGACUAUCAUGUCCUCCGGAACACUGAGCGACAAGAUCUCUGCCAUGACGCUUGCCGUCCAAGAGUCCCCCUUGCACAACACGAAAGCUUUGGAUACUCUCAUUGGACUCGGACGCAAGCGCAGUCGUGCGCAGGCAGUCGAGGUGUUGCGCUCUCUGAAGGACAUGUUCGCUCAGGGUACCCUGCUGCCCGGCGAUCGACGAUUGAAAGCCUUUGCCAACCAGCCUUCCCUUGUGGCUGCAUUCCAAGGCGCUGGCGGGCGGUGGACUGAGCGAGACCCGCUUCCCGGUGGCUUGCAAAAAAGUCAUCUCAUGAUGUGGGCCUUUGAAAACAUAGUCAAAGACCAAUACUUCGAGGUCCUCAAGAUUUUGGAAGUUUGGUGCAGCGAUGAGAUUGAGUUCUCGCGAUCACGAGCGGUCAGCUAUGUAUACGAGCUUCUCAAGGACAAGCCGGAACAGGAAGCAAACCUGCUGCGGCUGUUGGUCAACAAGCUCGGAGACCCAAGCAAGAAGAUUGCCUCGCGGGCGUCGUACUUGCUGUUGCAGCUCGAGCAAGCGCACCCAUUGAUGAAGCCAACCGUCAUCAAGGCUGUUGAGGAGAUCCUGUUCCGGCCCGGCCAGAGCCAGCAUGCCAAGUACUAUGCCAUCAUCACUCUGAACCAGACGGUUCUUAGUCUGAAGGAAGAGAAGGUGGCGACUCAGCUACUGGAUAUCUAUUUCUCGAUUUUUGUUUCGUUGUUGAAACCCAACAGGCCAGCCAAGUCCGCACCCAAAGGUAAAUUCCAAGGGAAACACGGUCACAAGGGCCAGCAUGGCAAGGACCAGGCUGCCAAGGGAGAAGCUCAGGACGACGAGAUGCGCGAGAAGCUGGUCUCGGGUGUUUUGACUGGCGUCAACCGCGCAUAUCCAUUCACCGAUUCGGACUCGGAGCGAUUGUCGAAACAUAUCGAUACUUUGUUCCGCAUUACGCACUCGUCCAACUUCAACACCAGCAUUCAGGCUCUUAUGCUGAUCCAACAACUCACCGCGUCUCACCAGGUCGGUGGAGAUCGCUUCUACCGAACGCUGUACGAGUCCUUGUUGGACCCUCGGGUGGCCACUUCAUCCAAGCAGUCGCUCUAUCUCAACCUCCUGUUCAAGGCACUCAAGAACGAUCUUAACGUCCGACGUGUGAAAGCAUUUGUGAAACGGAUUGUCCAGGUGCUUGGACUGCACCAGCCGUCCUUCAUUUGCGGCGUCUUUUAUUUGAUUCGCGAACUGGAGAAGACCUACCCUAGUCUCCAUUCGUUGUUUGAUCAGCCAGAAGAUAAUGAGAGUGAUGAUGAGGAAUUGUUCCGAGAUGUCCCCGACGAGGAUGUUGAGCAACCAGAGCCUAUUCCGGCUCCCGAGCCCCAGUCCUCCAAGACGACCAGCAGAUAUGAUCCUCGCAAGCGAGACCCCGAGCAUAGCAACGCUGACAAGACGUGUCUGUGGGAAUUGCUUCCUUACACAUCACACUUCCACCCCUCCGUGUCUGUCAAUGCCGCGAAUCUCCUGGAGCACCAGACCAUGAGCGGCAAGCCCGACUUGACUCUGCAUACCCUGACGCACUUCUUGGAUCGCUUCGUAUACCGCACUCCGAAGACAAGUGUCGCGUCACGCGGCGCCUCGAUUAUGCAGCCCCUCGCCGGGGGAGAUACUAGCGACCGACUCGUGGAAGCCGGCAAGUCUGCGCCGAAGUCGCUUCCGCUCAACUCGGAUGCAUUCUGGAAGAAGAAGGCCGACGAGGUGGCGGCCGAAGAUGUCUUCUUCCACGAAUACUUUAACCGCGUCAACAAGGACAAGGACAAGGCGCGCAGCAAGAAGGGCAAGGAAACCGAGGACCCGGUCGAGCGCGACGAGGAGGGCAACGAGGGUCUUAGCGACGACGAAUCGGAGAUCUGGAAGGCCCUGGUGGACUCGCGACCGGAGCUGGAGGCCGACGAGGACAGUGACGAUGACCUGGACCUGGACGAUCUGGAGUCUGCGUUUGACGAUGAGGAAGAUGGCGAGGGCGAGGACGGAGAAGGCGAGGAUGAAGGUGUCAUCUUCAACGACGAGUCCGACGAGCCCUCCGACGAAGAUAUGGCUGAGGCCAGCGAUCUGGACGAUGUCGCCUCGCCGCCUGCCCCCAAGAAGGCUGCGAAGAAGUCGGCGCCCGCCGAGAAGGACGCCGAGGACGAGGACGACUUUGACAUGGACGUGUCGGACGACGAGGCCUUCCUCGACAGCGACGAAGACCUGCCGUCGGAUAUGGAGCUGGGUGGUGUGGAUCUAGAACCCCAGGCCCCGGCUCAGGUCCCGUCGGAGCGACAGAAGCGCCGCAAGCUCAAGCACCUGCCGACGUUUGCGUCGGCAGACGACUAUGCUGCGUUGCUGGAGGGAGAAGACGAAGGCAUGUAG